GGUGGGGAUUUGCGGGACACCGAACGUGCGGGGCCCUGCGGUGCAGGGAGAGGGUAGCGCGGCCUCCGGAAGCGAGGGGGCGCUGUGCCAGCGCGGGCACGGUGCGGGGCGUCGCUCCUUCCGGCCUGGUAGGUGCGGCUGCCAUGGCGCGGAAUGUGCUGUACCCCCUCUACCAGCUGGGUGGCCCCCAGCUCCGUGUAUUCCGAACCAACUUCUUCAUCCAGCUGGUGCGGCCUGGUACUGCCCAGCCUGAAGAUACUGUGCAAUUCCGGAUCCCCAUGGAGAUGACCAGGGUGGACCUCCGGAAUUACCUGGAGCAAAUUUACAACAUUCCUGUGGCUGCGGUGCGCACGAGGGUGCAGCAUGGCUCCAACAGGAGGAGAAACGACAAGAAUGUAAGGAUCAAGAAGCCAGACUACAAAGUGGCCUACGUGCAGCUGGCACAUGGGCAGACAUUCACCUUUCCAGAUCUUUUUCCUGAGAAAGAGCCCAGUUCUGCAGAGGAAGAGGAGCCUCAGCAGCAGAGGCAGAGCAGCGACCCCCGGUGCCCUGGCAUCCCUUCUUGGUUUGGCCUGUGACCUGUGGUAACAGGGGCUGGGCCACAGACCUAGCGAGCACAGUGGUUCUGACAAACCCGAAUAAAAAUCCUUUGUGGAAAAAGA